UGGACGCAUUGUCUUGUCCUAAUUUCAGGUGUUGGAUCAUUUAUCUGUGUAUUAUUUCCAGAUUAAAAGCAGAAGCUGCUGCUGUUAUAGGAUAAAGAUAGCUAAAUAUUGGUGAAUGCAACGAAGUCGUGGAAUCCAUUGUAAACAACAUAAUUUGCGUUCACUCAUUCAACUUUAAAAUGUCAAAAAAUAAAACUGAUGCAUUUUACAGUUGGUAAACCUAUUUACUUUUAUCAGUUGAUAUUGCGUCUAUAGCAUUCAUUCAAUUUCUUGUUGAGAAACUGAUUUUUAAGCGAAUUAAACCACAGAGAUUUAACGACAGGUUUUAUCUUUUUAACACAUUUACAAUGUAAAUAUUACUGCAUAAACGUCUUAAAGAAAGAUCGUGUCAAUAAAUAUAUCCAAAUCUGAAAGUAUCGAAAAUAACGCGAAAUGAACAUUCAUAUUUAUACGUAAGAAAAACAGUAGAGACCCGUAAAUUCAAGGGAACAAGUAAAACAAAAGUGAUGUUUUAUAAUCAGAACCAAAGAUGUACAUGUAGCAACUGAAAAUAUGGCUCAAACUGAAAUAUCGCUCACCUAACAAUGAAUAUUUCGGACAUUGACGGAAUGUGUUGCUAGCUGUUAAAACUCGUGGUUAUUGGUGAGGAUUUACAUCGGCUAAUAUAACAAAGCAUGACUCGGUGUCCUGAUGGAUGGGUCUACUUCCGCCAAUCUUGCCAUCAGUUUGCGGACGAAGUGAAAUUCAGCUGGACAGAAGCGUCGCACCAUUGUGCAUCUCGACAUGCUCAUUUGGCCAAAGUAGAAAGCAAGGCUAUGGACCUGCUCCUCCAAGAUUUUGCUAGUCGUAUAUAUGUUCCUGACCACACAUUUGCCAAUUCCUUCUGGCUCGGUGGCACGGACUCGAACAUAGAGGGUAUCUGGACCUGGUACUCGGACGAUUCGGACUUGCAUCAGGUGUGGCAUUUUUUGCAAAAAACAGCGUGGAUUGCCAUGGUGCGUACCUCCAAUUUCCACAUGCCGAGGAAUAACAAAGCAUGUGUGAUGACGAUGUCAAAACUGAAAUGA